AGUGUGUGGGGAGAGAGAGCAGGAGCAGUGUGAAUGUGUGCACUGUGUGAUGUAGUGGGGAGGGAGGGUAGUAGCAGAGGCUGGGAGGGAACAUUGCACAGAGUCCUCCCUAUUCCCCGGGAGACGAGCUGGGCUUCCACAAGCUGAAUGAGCCUCAGCAGCUCCUCCAUUCAUCCCCAGCCCCCUCUCUGAUGCUGCAGUCGGGGAGAGCAGAGCAGCGAUGUACGGUAUCUGUUGUUGCUGUGGUGCGCUACGCCCUCGCUACAAGAGACUGGUGGAUAAUAUCUUUCCAGAGGAUUCAGAGGAUGGCCUCGUCAAAUCAAACAUGGAAAAGUUGACCUUUUAUGCCCUUUCUGCCCCAGAGAAAUUGGAUCGCAUCGGUUCCUACCUCUCCGAGCGUCUCAGCAGGGACGUGGCCAGACACCGCUAUGGCUAUGUCUGCAUUGCCAUGGAGGCUCUGGACCAGCUACUGAUGGCAUGCCACUGCCAGAGCAUUAACCUGUUUGUGGAGAGCUUCCUAAAGAUGGUUGCCAAACUCCUGGAAUCGGAGAAGCCAAACCUCCAGAUCCUGGGCACAAACUCGUUUGUGAAGUUCUCUAACAUCGAGGAGGACACCCCAUCCUACCACAGGAGCUACGACUUCUUCGUGUCCCGCUUCAGUGAGAUGUGCCACUCCAGCUGUGAGGAUAUGGAGAUCAGGUCUAAGAUCCGAAUGGCGGGAAUUAAAGGACUUCAGGGUGUUGUCAGGAAGACGGUCAAUGAUGAACUUCAGGCCAACAUCUGGGACCCGCAGCACAUGGAUAAGAUUGUGCCCUCACUGCUGUAUAACCUCCAACACAUGGAAGACACGGAGAGCUCUGUCGGUUCGCCUGUGUUUUUGCACCUGUCUGCCUUGCCUGUCUCGUCCUUCUCCAUUGUCCUGGGUGCAGCUAUGACCUGGCAGCCACAGAGCACUGGAGGGCUUAUCCUGAUGGGGAAAGGGCCUGCCAUAGGUGGAAGACCCUUGAGCCGAUCGCCAUCUCCGCUGCAAAGCACAGAGAAAGAAAAGGAGAACCCGGCCGAGCUCGCCGAGAGGUGUCUGAGAGAGCUACUGGGGCGGGCGGCCUAUGGGAACAUCAAGAACGCCAUUAAGCCGGUCCUCAUGCAUCUGGAUAACCAUUCUCUAUGGGAGCCCAAGAUCUUCGCUGUGCGAUGCUUCAAGAUCGUCAUGUACUCAAUACAGCCCCAGCACUCCCACCUGGUCAUACAGCAGCUACUGAGCCACCUGGACGCAAACAGUAAAAGUGCGGCCACAGUGCGCGCCGGGAUUGUGGAGGUCCUGUCCGAGUCUGCCGUCAUCGCAGCCACGGGAUCUGUGGGCCCCACCGUGCUGGAAGUGUUUAACACAUUACUGCGGCAGCUGCGGCUGAGCAUCGACUAUGAGCUGACUGGCAGCUACGACUCUGCGGUAAACAUCGGUACCAAAAUUAUCAAGGAGCACGAAGAGAGGAUGUUCCAGGAGGCCGUCAUCAAGACGAUUGGAUCAUUCGCCAGCACGCUGCCCACUUAUCAGAGGUCCGAAGUUAUGCUUUUUAUAAUGGGGAAGGUGCCUCUCCCGUCAAUGCAUCACCCUAUAGAGCCCGGCAGAUCAGGAGAAAUCAGGAACCGUCUGAUCCAGAUAAUGCUGCUGAAGUCUCUGCUCCAGGUGUCCCUGGGGUUUCAGUGCACCAAUAUGCUGACGGCCUUACCCAGCUCCUUCCUUGACCCGCUGCUUUCUCCCAUCCUGAUGGAAGAUGCUGAGAUCCGACUCUUUGUCCUGGAGAUUCUCGUCUCGUUGAUAGAUCGCCAUGGGAACAGGCACAAGUUCUCACCUAUAAGUACUAUUCCUGAUAUCGCCGUCCUGAGGCUCAAGGUGGACAAGUGUUCUAGGCAGGACACCCUCUUCAUGAAAAAGCAUUCUCAGCAGCUGUAUCGUCACAUCUACCUGAGCUGCAACGAUCCCGGCAACGUCCAGGCUCACUAUGAAGCCGUCUACGCCCUGCUGGUGAUGAUUAGCAUCGAGCUGGCCAAUGAGGAGGUGGUGGUGGACCUAAUCCGUCUGGUACUAGCAGUGCAGGACCUGUCUCUGAGUAACGAGGACAAUCUGCCCGCGUACAGUCGGUGUGCCCUACACGCGCUCUGCGCCGCCUACCUGAACCUGAUCAGCCAGCUCACCACGGUGCCUGCCUUCUGCCAACACAUCCACGAGGUGAUAGAGAUGAGGAAGAAAGAGGCUUCGUAUUUACUCCCGGAGGACGUCUUCCAGGAGAAGCCCAGGUGGUCAAAGAAUGUGGAUCAGAUCGAGACUGAGGUGCUGUUCCUGCAGAGCAAAGUCAGCGAAGUGCUCGGGGGCAGCGGUUAUAACUCGGACAGGCUGAGCACGCCGUAUGUUCCCCAGCUCACAGAUGAAGACCGCUUGUCUAAGAGGAAGAGCAUCGGUGAGACAAUCUCUCUGCAGGUGGAGGUGGAGUCCAGGAACAGUCCUGAGAAGGAGGAGAGAGCUCCGGCAGAGGAAAUAACAUUUGAAACUCUGAAGAAAGCAAUAGUGGACAGCGUGGCGGUAGAGGAGCAAGAGCGGGAGCGAAGGCGGCAGGUGGUGGAGAAGUUCCAGAAGGCCCCAUUCGAGGAGAUCGCAGCUCACUGUGGCGCCAGGGCAACAUUGUUACAAAGCAAACUGAACCAAAUCUUUGAGCUGACUAUACGGCCACCCCCAAGCCCCUCUGGCACUAUCACUGCUGCGUACGGCCAGCCGCAGAACCACUCGAUCCCCGUAUACGAGAUGAAGUUUCCUGAUCUGUGUGUCUACUGAUGGAAGAGCAAUCCCUGGCAAUGCACAGCUACAUCCUAUACCUCUCGUUAGCACGUUCCCCCGUCCGAGAGACCUACAGUACUGAGACUCUCCACCGGGGGCAGGGUACCCUCCCUUUUCUCUUCCAGCAGCACCUUGUGCCAGGCCGUUGUGUAUCAUGCCCAGACCUUGUUCUGUUUGCACUACAACCUAUGGAUGUCCUCUCCAUGCAAUAUGCUGCAUUGUUCUUGUAAGCAAGAUUGUACAGCCAGAAAGAUAUAUAUAUAUAUAUAUAUAUAUAUAUAUAUUUAAUAAUGACAGUUCUUUUAA